CGAGAACCUGGUGUUCAGGUUGUGCUGCUUUGAAGUAUAUUGCCGUAGUAAUGCAGACUAUGAAUUUGGCGAGUACGUUAAUUAGUGUAAUUAUUGUUAUUAUACUUUAAAUCUAAAUUAAAAAAUGCCCCGAUUUUAUAUAAUGGAGCUAGCCCCCCCUUCACUCAGUGAGCCAUGGUCAUGCAGACUCAUGCUGACGGGGUAUCGCCCUUUGCUAUUCUUUGUUUGACUUCCUCCAGAUAGCCAGAUAUGUAUUCCUUCCUUUUUUUGCGUUUAGUCACUGCUUAUGAAGUUAUAAGUCGGAAGUGUGUGCUUCAUGCAUGUGGCUGGAGUAACAUCCUGCAGUAUGCUAACUUUUUGCAGUCGAGCUCCCUCUUUGCCUAACUUAGUUAACGCACGUUAGUUAAUCAGCUGUUAACCUUUGUAUUCUGUAAAUAAUGCUGCACCAGGACUCCUUUGCCUUUUUUUAAUAAUAUUUAACCAUUCGUGCUGAAGUCUCACUGUCUCAGGAGUGCAAUAAAAACUUUUUUUGACAUUGUUCUUGACCAGUGGAGGAGAAUUCGCAGUUCGCUGCACAUAGCCUGGGGUCCGCAAGGGGAGCAGGUCUGUAAACUGAGAAAACUGACCCAUUCAACUGGACAGCUGGGAUAAUGAAGACUGUUGGGAAGGUGUUACUGGGGGUAACGGCAGCAGUUGUGGUCAUCGUUGCAAUAGCUGUUCCUCUCGCACUGCUACUACCAAAGAAUAACAGUGAUGUAGCUGACAAACGAAGGACUUUUACAUUAAGCGAUUACUUCAAUGAGACAAUCAGAUAUAAAUCGUACAGCAUCCGAUGGAUAACAGAAAGCGAAUACUUGUAUAAAACCGCAGAAGGCAAUGUGGAGAUUCAUAAUGUUGAAAGUGGAAGAAAGGAAACUGUCUUGAGCAACACGACAUUUGCAGCUGUUGGUGCCUCAAAUUAUAUGCUGUCAGCUGAUGGAAUAUAUGCUCUUCUGGAAAGCAACUAUAGCAAGCUCUGGAGACACUCGUAUACAGCAUCUUAUCAUAUAUUUGACAUCACAAAAAGUGAAUACGUAAAUGACAGUCCUUUGCCAAAGAAAAUACAAUAUAUAGCCUGGUCACCUGUUGGACAUCAGUUGGCCUAUGUUUGGGAGAACAAUCUCUAUUUCAAAUCAGACCCAAGAAGUAAUGCAACACAGAUUACUGACAGUGGCAAAGAUAAUGAAAUACUCAACGGAAUUCCAGACUGGGUGUAUGAAGAGGAGAUGUUUUCUACAAACUAUGCUCUAUGGUGGUCUCCAAAUGGAACAUUUAUAGCAUAUGCACAGUUUAAUGAAACAGGAGUUCCAGAUAUUGAGUAUUCAUUUUAUGGAGAUGCCCAAUAUCCUGAAACGGUUGUUAUCCCAUAUCCAAAGUCUGGAACAACAAAUCCAAGAGUGAAGCUGUUUAUUGUCGCUGUGGCAAGUCCUGCAACGCAUGUUGUUGUGGAACCUCCAGAUGAUGUUAAAGCAAGUGACCACUAUGUGAGUGUAGUCACAUGGGUAACAGACAACAAGAUCAGUGUACAGUGGCUGAAAAGGAUCCAGAACGUUUCAGUGUUAGCCAUCUGUGAUUACAGUACUAAUAAAUGGGACUGCCCAUUAGCAACGCAAUACAGAGAAGAAAGCAAUACAGGAUGGAUUGGUGAUUUCCAACCGUCUGAGCCCUACUUCACAUCAGACAAUUUAAAAUACUACAGAGUACUCAGUGAUAAAACUGGCUAUAAGCACAUUCAUUAUAUAAAUGAUACAAUGGCAAAUGCCAUUCCUGUUACAAAUGGCAAAUGGGAGGUCACAUCUAUUCUACUGGUAACUGAUAAUAAUCUAUACUAUAUCAGCAAUGAAUUUGAAGGAUAUCCUGGUGGAAGAAAUCUUUAUAAGCUUAACCUUCAGAAAACACCACCAGAGAAAACAUGCAUUAGCUGCACUUUGCAAAAGGAGAGGUGCCAGUAUUACUCUGCUUAUUUCAGCAAAAAAGGAAAAUACUAUCGUCUGGAUUGUUUGGGUCCAUUGCUGCCAAGGUAUACACUUCACAACAGCAGUAAUGAUGAAGAACUGAAAGUUCUACAGAACAACACUGCACUGGAAAAUAUUCUAAAUGAUAUACAGAUGCCAAGUAUAAAGUACGGCACAGUCCAGCUUGGUAAUUUUAACUUAUGGUAUCAGAUGAUUCUACCUCCGCAUUUUGAUGAGUCAAAGAAAUACCCAUUGCUGAUUGAUGUAUAUGCAGGACCCUGCAGUCAAAAAGUAGAUAAAAGAUUCAGACUUAACUGGUCAACAUACCUUGCAAGCACCGAGAAGAUUAUAGUAGCUAGUUUUGAUGGCAGAGGAAGCGGUUAUCAAGGUGAUCAAAUCAUGCAUGCAAUCUACAGAAGGCUUGGAACCUAUGAAGUAGAGGACCAAAUCUCAGCAGCAAGAAAGUUUAUAGAUUUUGGAUUUGUUGACAAAGACAAGAUGGCAAUAUGGGGCUGGUCAUAUGGUGGAUAUGUUACUUCAAUGGUCCUUGGAAGUGGAAGUGGUGUGUUUAAGUGUGGAAUCGCUGUGGCUCCAGUGUCGCACUGGCUAUUUUAUGAUUCCAUCUAUACCGAACGCUACAUGUGCCUUCCAACAGAAUCGGACAAUCUAGCAUUUUACAAGAAUUCUUCAGUGAUGGAAAGAGCUGAGAAUUUUAAGCAAGUUAAUUACCUUCUCAUCCACGGGACUGCAGAUGAUAAUGUGCACUUUCAACAGGCAGCACGGAUUUCAGAGGCCCUUGUAGAUGCACAAGUCGAAUUCCAAGCAAUGUGGUACACAGACAAGGAUCAUGCCAUCAGUGGACAAGCUAACAAACAUAUAUAUACCCACAUGUCUCAUUUCAUCAAGCAAUGCUUCUUUUCUUCAGAAAAAAACAAAUAAAGUUUCAAGAUGGAUGUUCUUAAGCUGCCACAUAAGCAUACAGGAAAUCAGUUUUUAUUGGAUCAUGGUAUUUUAUUUUUUGAUGAUCUGUAAACAAAAUGAGAAUCUGUUAAGUAUCAAACAUUAAAGUGGACCUCCAUCAAAAA